GCAACUUCAAGUAGAACUCAAUGGAAGAAAUGAUGAUGAAUCUCUCUCCAUCUUCUUCAUCGAUACUACCAGUCUCCGUGAACCACCAAAUCCCGCUAAUGCUUCAACAAAAAUUACAAUUGAUUACUCACAGCUUUCCUCCUCAGUGGGGGGUUUACUCCAUAUAUUGGCAAGCAGAGAAAGACUUGAAUGGCCACCUUGUUUUAUCAUUCUGUGAUGGUCAUUUCAAAGGCAACAAUUCUGGCUCACUCCAAGACUGUGAAAGGUUUUACAAUGCAUCAGUCUUUCGAUCAUAUAGUGUUGACAAUACUACUAGUGUUGGUACGACUCUUUUGUCUGGUCCUCAUCUUUGGCUAACAGGAAUUCAAGAAAUCAGCAACUUGUUGGAGUGUCAAAGAGUUAAGGAAGCUCACAUCCAUGGCAUCAAGACACUGGUCUUUGUCUCCACAACAUCUGGUGGAGUUGUUGAAUUGGGUUCCUCAUAUUUCAUUGAAGAAGACCAGGUGCUGGUGCAACAAAUCAAAUCAAUGUUCCAAAUCAAGCACAUCAACACAUCUUCAUUUGGUGUGCCACAUAGUGAUUUAUUAGAAAUUACUAAUUAUAAGUCAUAUUCUUCUGAUUCUCAUCAUCAUAACAAACAAAAUGUUAUGUCCAAUAAGAAGGGGAGAAGGGCAGUAAUGAGUCCCAAGAAAUCACCAAUUGAGGCGGAGAGGCAGCGGAGAGAGAGGCUGAACGGCCGUUUCUACGCGCUCCGAUCGGUGGUUCCAACUAUUUCAAAGAUGGACAAAGCAUCUUUACUUGCAGAUGCUGUGACUUACAUUCAGGAGCUCAAGGCCAAAGUUGAUGAAUAUAAGGUCAAGCUUGAAAUAUUUUCAUCACAAAAGCCUAGUUUGAAAAAUGACAAUAAAAGUAGCAACUUUGAUCCUGAAGAGUCAUCAAAAGCAACGGAAGAGGUGGUGAAUGUGGAUGUAAAGAUUAUAGGGUCUGAAGCCUUGAUCAGAGUCCACUGUCCGGACGUGAACUACCCGAUCGUGAGACUGAUGGAUGUGCUUAGAGAGUUUGAGCUUCGAAUUCACCAUGCGAACAUAUCUAGUAUUGAGGACAUGAUGCUCCAAGAUAUUGUGGUUAGGGUUCCUGACUGGUUGAUAAUAAGUGAGGAAGGUAUGAAGAGUGUUGUCCUUCAGAGGCUAAAAGGGCACAAUUAGGCUAGCUAGUGAAUUUUUAUCAUAUGGUGUAGCAUAUAUAGAUCUGCACCAUGUACAAUGUUCGAUUCUCUUGUUCCUCAAAAAAUUGAUAACAUAUAUUAGCCUAUAAUUUAUUUCUUUAAACACAUCAUUGGUAAAUGGUCAUAAACUACCUACUCUUGUAGAUCCAAGAAUCAUAGUUUGGGAAAUUAAUGAUAUGCUAGCUAGUUUAAUGGGCUUUCAUAUAUCUACUUCAAAGAACGUAUUGUGAGUUCACUGCAUAGAUCAGCUUGUAGCCGCCCAAACAAAUCACGUGU